AUGCUACUCGACUUUCUCCAUCUGGGAACGCUGGACAAGGUCAACGGUGGAUGGUCGUCCCUCAUAGGCAUAAUCACCGCGAUUAUUGGAAACAUCCUCAUCUCGUUCGCUUUGAACACACAACGAUAUGCGCAUAUACGACUCAAUCGCCAAUACCAGCAAGACGAGCAAGAGAGGAAAAGGAUUAAACGCAGCAGCAACCGCGACUCCCAGCAGGAGCGGAUAGCAGAGGAAAGACUGAGGCAGAAUCUGAAUGGCAAAGGCAGUCAUGCCGAGCCUUCAGAGUCCGAUCCGCUGCUUCCCUCGUCUGCAUCGUCGUCAUCCGAGUCGACGAUUCGCCCGAACAAGGACUCGUCUGCUACGCGGCCAAAGUCCUAUCUCAAGUCUCGCAUCUGGUGGCUCGGCAUAGCUCUCAUGACAGUCGGCGAGGCUGGAAACUUUCUCGCCUACGGCUUUGCGCCAGCCUCCGUCGUCUCGCCUCUUGGUGUUGUGGCCUUGGUGUCGAAUUGCUUGAUCGCGCCUCUGUUGCUGCACGAGCAGUUCAGGAUAAGAGAUGCAUUCGGUGUCAUAGUGGCUGUGGGUGGUUGUGUCACGGUCGUGCUCAGUGCCAGCGACAACAACCCCAAGCUGGGCCCCAACAAGAUCUGGGAGUUGAUCUCAGCAUGGGAGUUCAAGACAUACUUUGGCAUAACUGUCUUCUUGAUGCUAGUCCUGAUGUCUUUGAGCUCAAAGUAUGGGCACAAGUCCGUUCUCAUCGACCUUGGGCUCGUAGGUUUGUUUGGUGGCUACACAGCGCUGUCCACGAAAGGCGUCGCUUCGCUGCUCUCCAACACCAUCUGGCACGUCGUUACCUUCCCGAUCACCUAUCUCCUGGUCGCAGUCCUCGUGUCUACCGCCAUCCUGCAGAUCAAGUACCUCAACCGCGCUCUCCAGCACUUCGACUCGACACAGGUCAUCCCUGUCCAAUUCGUCAUUUUCACCCUGUCGGUCAUUGUAGGAAGCGCCAUCCUCUACCGCGACUUCGAAAGAACCACCACCGAUGACGCCAUCAAAUUCUUCGCAGGAUGCGCCUUGACAUUCUCAGGUGUCUGGCUCAUCACUUCAGGACGUGGAAAGCGUAGGCAGCAGGAUGAAGAGGAGGGCUCAGAAGACGGGGACGCAAUCGAUCUGCUUGACGAGGAACAUCAGCAACCAGAGAUCCGCGAAGUGCCUGACAGCGAUGCGCGUCGUGGCUCGCUGCGACCUCCAAAGUCGUCUCACUCUGCCCGCUCAGCGGCACCGUCUUUUGUCAUCACCUCUGAUGACGCCCCGACACAACCCUUCAGCUUUGAAGCCUCAUCACCCUUGAAUGACAACCCCUGGACGCUGCCUCAGCCCGCCAACAUUUCCUCAAUCCACCCUCGCUCGAACGCCAGCGUGGCUGCCGAGCAACGACUACAAAAUCCUCCACCCAUGCAUGCCACAACAUCCGCCCCAGUGCUCCCCACAAUCGCCUCCCAAAAGCUGAGCCCGCGACGACCCACUACACCGAACCGAGGCAUCAGUAGUCCUUCUAUCGACAGCCCAAACACCUUGUCGCCCUCCCAGCAACGAUACCGCCACAUCGAGAUUGGCGAAGCAACGCAGGCCGCUGGCCGCUUAAACACAUUGACGCAAAUCCUGCCCGGCCCACUCACGAACCCACUUUCAUCUUCCCUGUCAGCCAUUGUGGCAGAUAGUCUGCGUAAAGGCAUUGUAGACACUUCGCCAUCACUUGGAGGCCGUCGCAGGACUUCUGGCAGAGGCUCACGCACAGAAGCCAUGGAGGCAUUGCACGAAGGCACCAGUGCACCAUUACAGAGAAGCACAAGUACACCAUUACAAAGACCUGGAUCUUCCAGAGCUAGAGAUAGAAGUCUUAGUGCUACAUUGAGUGACAUGUUUCAUGGAGGCAGGAGAUCGAGAAGUGGAACGCUUGAAGAGGUUCCUGAUGAAGAGGAGGCUGUUCGUUGA